AAAAAGUAAUAUAUGCGUCUCUUAACAUAAAGACGUACAUCAAAACAUGCACAAAAAUCGACCAUGCAGGUUAAUAUUUUGUUUCAGGUUUUCGGGAUUAUCCUUUGCAGUUCUUGCUUAGUGAAAGGGGGUUUCUACGCUGAUAAAGUAAGAGACCUAUUUGAGAGACAUUUCACCAACAAAGAUAAUGAAUGUUGGGAAACGACAGGAGCAGAUAAAACCACGGAUGACAAGGGCAUGGCUAAAGCUCUGGUCAACGUGUACACACAAGAUUGUCUCGUCUACAAUCAUCAACAAGGACACACUUUUACAGUUGAUGCCUUCUGGAGCACUUCGUUACUUCGAGAGGAGGCUAACGAAUUUCUUACUAAAGAUUCUUUGUCUAUAUUUUUUGAAAUACAUACUACAUGUGGCGCAGAUAUUUCGUCUUAUUCAGAGUUUCAAACGGAAAAAGAAAUCUUAUUGCAAUCAAACCGUACGUUUUAUGUGACCGAAUAUGUUGCAGAUGAGGCGGGCAUAAAAACCAAGAAAGAAGGAGUUAAGGGUGAAUUCGAAUGGGAACCAAUGAAGGCGUUUGCAGUCGUGACAGGCAUUAUUCCAGCAAGUAGUUCCAAGUCAGGCUAUUGCGAUUGCUCUGAUGGCGCGCCAUCUUAUGGCACCAGCAGAUCUGCUGCUUCGAUGCCUACGAGCUUCCUUAGUGCCGUAAUUUUCGUUGCUUUUCGACUGGUUUAUUGAACGAAACAAAGUAACUUUGUACUUUUUAAGGUCAACAUUAAAGUAGUGAACACUUUUACGAUUUCGUGGAAAAAUCACAUAAUUAUAUACAUAAAUGCUAGUGCAUAUAUAUCUAGGUCCCAUAAAGCUUGUCGUGUUUCAUUACUGAUAUUUUAUCACAUCCGUAAAUAUACUGAUUACUUUAAGCCUUUAACUUAAAGUUUAAGAGUCAGCACUUUUGCUAACACUUGAUUUAAGUGUUUUCCUGUGAUGUAUGAAUCCGGUCGUUGAGUACCUAUAUACUUGUAGUACUUUAUACCUUAUGCUUUAUUAAGCUAAUGGUAGCACUUGUGGGGCCUCAAGUUUAAUUUUGUAAUAACUGCUGCGGCAAGUUUGAGGUAAUGGCGUUAAUAUUUAGGUUAAAACCCACGAAGACUCGUAUCCCAGUGAAAGUAAGUCACUAUAUCAAUUCUUACCGACCAGUCAAAGACGAUACUCGCAUCAUUUAUCGGCAAAGCUAUGUUUAUGCAUGUGUGGUCCUUGUGUGGAUGUUUAAAUGGCUGUGUCUCUAGUUCAGUGUCUUUAGGCCAUUUUCCUCAAAAUGGUUUAAAUGAAUUACUUGGAUUUUAUUUAAACCGGGGAUAUUCAGGCUAUAAUUUGAAGAGCUCAUGUUUUUGAAGAUGAAUUCCCGAAACAAAAUAUAGGGUUGAAUAUUGCAUCUUUCCAUAAUUUUGCUUUCAGUCCUUUGAUUUUCUGAAAGUUUUGCAAUUUCAUGUUAUUUUUAAAACAUUCUUUGGCUGAUUCGGAGUGUUUUGGCAUGUGACGUCAUUUUCUUCAAAUAUUUUACAUAGGUUAUCAUUUGGGAGAAAAGAUUAGCUAAUAUAUGUCGCUAUUAUUUUUAAUGAUGUUUUCUUUAUUUGUUCCCAGUUUUAGUACAAUGGUGCUUUAUAUUAUGAAACUCUAUGAUCACACAGUUUUAAACCUUUUAUUUUAUAUGGCAAACUGUGUGUGAUGCACAUAGUUUCAAAACAUGACUGCAUCGUAUCUUUGAAAAGUUUUUGCAUUAGGUGCUCUGAAUUGUAUUCCUCCCUCUGCAAAUGUAGUUGGGAUCUCUAAUCAUUGAAGUACUUGGGGUCUACCUAUAAGUUCAUCAUUAUUUGUUUUAUUAUUUAGUUUCCUCAAGUUAAUGCAUACUUUGAUAAGAUUUGCCUUUUACGUUUUUCUUUAUUUAGGAUUGUUGGGACAAAAGUGAUGUUUGUGCACAUAAACCCCCAGUAAAUUUAAUUUACAUUUUACUGACGGC